AUGAUUCGCGUGUGGAGGACCUCUGGGGAGGAGCUGGCCUCCGUACCAGUCGAGCAGAAGGACGCACCAGACGCGCUAGGCCGAACCAUCCGGGAUUUGAAGAAACAGUUGCACGCCUUGUGCGGCGUUCCGCGAUUCAGGCAAAGGCUUGUCCAGGACGGCAUCGUGUUGAAUGAUGAUUCCUUAUUGAGCACUCCUGGUGAUGUGCAGCUCGUUCUUCUGCCCUAUACAAGCAUCGACUCAGAAGGCUUGAUACAGGCCGUUCGGCAGGGCAACUUAAAGCAGGUCGAGGAGAUGUUGCAGAGACCCCAAGAUCCCAACCUGGACCGGCGAGUUCAUGGAGUUCAUGACCUCACACCUCUUCAGGUUGCCUCGGGGAACGGCUCUUUGGGACUGGUGCGGCUGCUACUGGAGGCUGAAGCUUCUGUGGACCAGCGAGGCCUGCAGGGCGCCACUUCUUUGCAAGUGGCCUUCGAAAACGGUCAUUUGAAAGUGGUGCACUUGCUGCUGGAGGCUCAGGCUCAUGGCGACGUGUCUUGCCAGAAACGCUGCUUGGGCCGAACACUCCUUCAAAUCGCAGCUGAGAAAGGUCUUGUGGCAGCUGCGCGUUGGCAAAUCCAAGCUGGGUCAAAGCUCAACACCACGACCGAACGUGGCUGCACCCCUCUCUACGAGGCAUCAUGGGGAGGUCAUAGAGAUGUUGUGCACUUGCUGCUGCAGGCACGUGCCGAUGUCGCCAUACCCGACAAGGAUGGGUGCUCUCCUCUUUACGAAGCUGCAUGGAGAAGCCACGCGGACAUCGUGAGGUUGCUGUUGGAGUUUAGAGCGGAUCCCUGCCAAGCGGACUUCUAUAGAAGCAGUCCCGUCCUAAUUGCAUCAAGCAGGGGAUUUGUGGAAGUUGCCAGGGUGUUGCUGGAAGCCAGAGCCCGUGUCAACGAUGCCGACUCGGGUGGCAUCACGCCUCUUCAGAUGGCAUCUGCCAGGGGAUUCGCGUGCGUCGUCCGCCUGCUGUUGGAGUCGAAGGCGGAUGUUGAACAGACCAACAUGGACCGUCGUACUGCUUAUGACAUGGCAUCGAGCAUGGAGAUUCGGCGUCUGCUCUGGCAGGCGAAGGAGUGA